CUGUGCUUUUGAUGAGUGUGUCUGUGGCUCACUAACUGCUGCAAAUUGAAGGCCGUUUCUUAGCUUUUGCUUUACUAGUCAAGACUACUUGAAACAACUGCUUUCUUUCUCUAUCCUGUUUUCUCUCUCUCUCUCCCUAAACCGUCUACAUGUUGUUCUAGCUACUUAAAUUAACAAAGAGUUAAAAGGUGUAGUAGUAUAUAAGGUAUGAGGCACCUUUUUCUUUAUCUCUCUGGCUUCAGUUAAAGUAGAGGGAAUUCUGGUGAUUUUCAUGGUUAAAGCAGGUUUUAUAGCUCAUUCCCUUACUCUCACAGAUUCUUCUCUUUUUCUUCUUCUUCUUCUUCUUCUUCUUCUUCUUCUUCUUGGACUUGACAGUUUUAAUUCCUUAGAGGAUACUACUUCAUCUUUUGAGUAUAUAUUUCAUAGGGGUUUUCUUCAAUUUCUUGUUUUAAAUUCAAGUUAAUUUCCUAGAAAAUACAAGGUUAUUCUUACUUAUAAAAUGUCUUUUCAAAAUUUUAUGUUGUUUUUUCUGUUUCUAUAACCAGAUGAUUAUCUGUUCACUUCCAAAUCCUCCUUAAUGAUGUAUAUUUGUUUUUAAAUUAUUAAAAAUUCAUGAUUUUUUGACCAUCCAAACAUACCCAUCAAUUUAUGUUUGAUCUUUGUUUCUCUUUAGUUGACACAACAUCAGAUCUCUUUCAAAAUAGAGGGGGAACUCUUGCAGAAGUGUAUUCGAUCCAUGAUAUCAAAGUUCAACAUCAAAAAUAGAGAGCUUAAUUGUGAUAUGAGAAGUGGAUUUUGAUAUAUCAGAAUUAAUUAAGUUGAUAGAAAGAAGGUGUGUUUGAAAGAGUCAUGAAUAAGAGUCAGUUGGGAUCAAAUUCAAUCAGCAGCUCUGAUCUCAUUGAUGCAAAGAUUGAAGAGCAUCAGCUGUGUGGAUCCAAGCAGUGCCCCGGCUGCGGACACAAGCUCGAAGGAAAGCCGUACUGGAUUUUGCAGGACUGGGUAGGUCUACCUGCAGGUGUGAAAUUUGAUCCAACAGACCAAGAAUUGAUUGAACAUCUUGAAGCAAAGGUAGAAGCUAAAGACUCCAAAUCUCACCCUCUGAUAGAUGAGUUCAUUCCUACUAUUGAAGGUGAAGAUGGGAUUUGUUACACUCAUCCUGAAAAACUUCCAGGAGUUACAAGGGAUGGUUUGAGUAGGCAUUUCUUCCACAGACCUUCCAAAGCUUACACAACUGGUACAAGAAAGAGAAGAAAAAUUCAAACCGAAUGUGACUUGCAAGGUGGAGAAACCCGGUGGCACAAAACCGGCAAGACCAGGCCGGUAAUGGUUAUUGGUAAACAGAAAGGGUGUAAGAAAAUCCUAGUUCUCUACACAAACUUUGGCAAGAAUAGAAAACCCGAAAAAACCAAUUGGGUGAUGCACCAAUACCACUUGGGUCAACAUGAAGAAGAGAAAGAAGGAGAGCUUGUGGUAUCAAAGAUAUUCUAUCAAACUCAGCCGAGGCAAUGCAACUGGUCUGACCGGAGUACUGCAGUGGUCGGUGAAGGAAGUACUGGUGACCCUAAUAGCAGAAGAGAUAGCGGCAACGCAAGCUGUUCUUCCAAGGAAGUAGUAGUUGUCCAGCAGAGCGAUGAACUGUGUGCAGCUGUGGUUGGUGCUGCUAUUUCAAGUUACAGUACUGCCAUUGAUAUUCAACAACUCAAGGAUGACAAUUUUAGCAAUAUUGCCCCAUUUAGGAAAACCUUUGAUGAGGUGGGAAUAAUAGGAGAGGUUUCAACUUCAAGGGAGGCCAAUAUUGCACCAGGCACGUGCGAAGAGCAUGACAUCCGCGAGCUCCAAAGGCCACAUCAGAUGAGCCAUGACCAUCAUCAGGUCUUCCACAUCAACACGCCUUCACACCCUAUAUCUACAAUCAUCUCUUCGCCAGUACCCCUCCAUCACACCUCCAUCAUUCUUGAUCAUGAGGACUCUUUCCAUGUCUCCAGACUAAUGCUCCAAAACCAAAACUUCCAGCAGCAACAGCAGCAGCAGCAGCAGCAACAUCAUAAACUUGGAGGCAGGUCUGCAUCUGGUUUGGAGGAACUCAUAAUGGGCUGCACUUCAUCUGAUCAUACCAAAGAUGAGUCAUCCAUCACAAACCCACAAGAGGCAGACUGGUUGAAGUACUCCACCUUCUGGGCUGAUCCUGACAACCACCCGGAUCAUCAUGGGUAGGAGUGAAAUUUUUUUUUUAAAAAAAAAAAAAAAAAAAAAAAGAAUAAAAGAAAAUGAAAAGACAUAUAUACAUAAACAAUUAUACAGCAUUAGUACUUGAAGCUAGUCUUGCUGAAGUUGUUUUCAACAAGCAGCUAGAGGCCAAGAAACAAUAUUCUGUGGUCAGUUCUUCUUCUAUGUUUUCUUCUAACUGUACAUGUACAACAACCCACGUUGGAAGAAAUAAAGAAAGAAGGGAAAAGAAAGGAGAACAAGGAGAGAAAAAAGAAAACAUCAAGAAAGGCUCAUCUUCUCUACUGACAAAUAGAAGGGGAAUCAUAGGCCCAAAGCAAAUGCAUCCUGCAUCAAAAUCAUCGAUCUUCUUCGAAGUGUCUAUUCUUAUUAUUUUUUUUGUUAAUUUAUAGUUUGUAUAUUUUCGUUUAGGAACUUCGAUCUGCUAUCAAAAUAGCUGCUUCUGUGGUUCCCAUUUUCCGUGCGUUAUGGGCUGCAGACGCAACAAUUUUGACUGUAGAAAUUUAUAGUAUAUAGGUUGCAUUUCUUUUGUUGUUCUUAUAUACAAGAAAACACUCAAGUACGUGUUUGUAAUUUGUAUAUAUAUUGCAACAGAAACUUCCUUA